AUGCCUAGAUCCUUCGUGAUCACCCUCUUCGUCGCCGUGAUCACCAUGCUCGCCGCCAUGGCGGUGGCGGACACGCCGGCCGACUGCCCAUACCCGUGCCUCCCGCCACCAACCUCAGGAGGCGUCAUCAACAGCUACCCGCCACCGCCACCAGCAGGGACUGGAACGGGAACAGGUGGCGGUGCCGGCGACGGCUUCGGCGGCAGCUACCCGCCACCUCCGGCAGGGGGCUUCCAGCUGACCCCGCCCGGGGUCAUGCCGGGGUUCCUCGCGCCGCCGUUCAGCGCCGUCCAGGCCGGGCCGGCUCCUCCGCCGCCGAACCCGGUCCUGCCGUGGUUCCCGUGGUACUACCAGCACGACAACCCGAUCACGGGGUCGACCGCGUCGGCGUCCUCGCCACCGGCGGUGCACCGGAGGACAACGUGCAUGGUCACCCUGCUGCUCCAACUGUGUUUAGCGAUUCUUCUUCGGGCGCCGUAG